CUAGGAAGACAUUUAGGGGCGUGAACAUAUUUCCUGCACUUGAUAUUUUGUUGUUGAGAAACUUCAGCGCGUUCAGGAGUCGGCUACAUUGUCAAGGAGCGCUGACACCUGUAAAGUCACUGAAAUAGAGAUGCAGAGGUAUCUGGUGCUUUGUAUGGCCCUGCUGGCCCAGGUCUCUGCUGAUGACUGCCCAGGUGGAGAGGUGUGUGAGGAGGGCAACACCUGCUGCAAGGGCCCCUCCGAUGGCUAUGAAUGUUGCCCAAUGUAUCAGGCUGAGUGCUGUGAGGAUCAUAUCCACUGCUGCCCUGAGGGAACACUCUGCGUUGUGAAUGAGUCCAUGUGUGUGAAUGGAACUGUCUCCCUACCAUGGGUGGAGAGAGUCUCUGCUAAACAGUCCAUAUAUCCUAAAUCUUUCAGAAUGAUCAGUGCAUAUGCCGGGGAUGAGGAUGAUAACAUCUGCCCUGACAAGUCCCACUGCCCUGAAGAGUUCUCCUGUCUGAAGGCCACUACAGGCUAUGGUUGCUGUCCUGUUGCUCAUGCUGUGCCUUGCUCUGAUGGGAAACAUUGCUGUCCUGAAGGCCACCAGUGCAGCACAGACUGCAGCUCCUGCAUCAAACAGACAGAGCCUGUUGUUGCAGUGAUGUGCAGUGACAGAGAAUCUGAGUGCCCAGUGGGAACCACAUGCUGUGAGACUCCAGAUGGGAGUUGGGGGUGCUGCCCCAUGUCCAAGGCCGUGUGCUGUGAGGAUAAGAUUCACUGUUGUCCUGAGGGCAGCACCUGUGACAUCAAGCAAUCCAAGUGUAUUUCCACUACCAACAAGGAAAUGCCCAUGUGGGCUAAGUUCAGUGCCCGCAAGAGGGCAGAGUGGGAAAACCAGAAUGAAUUUGCCCAAGUGACGACACCUAUUCCAGUCACUACCACCUCAGCCAAUAGGAGUCCUGCUUCUCUUUGGGAGGGUACUUCUCCACCCUUCAUUAGGACAGGAGACGUUCCCUGUGAUGAGUCAACGGCCUGUUUGGAUGGAACCACAUGUUGUAAAACACAGGAAGGAGGAUGGGCAUGCUGUCCUCUGCCACAGGCAGUUUGCUGCAGUGACUUCAUCCACUGCUGCCCACAUGGUAAGAAGUGCAACCAGGCUGCCCAGACGUGUGACGACCCCUCAGGCUCCCCCUCUGAGCCCUGGCUGAAGAAGGUUCCUGCCGUGCCUCUGGAGGGUAAAUUGCCAGGAGAUGUUACCUGUGACCCCACCCAUGUGUGUCCCGACAACACCACCUGCUGCAAGACAGCGUCAGGAGGCUGGGCCUGCUGCCCCUUGCCUGAGGCUGUUUGCUGUGAGGACCAUGAGCACUGCUGUCCCCAUGGCACGACCUGUGACCUGGCUGGCCUCACCUGUGAUGGUCCUUCAGGGUCGGAGCCCAUAGUGGGGAAGGUGCCAGCUCUCACAACCCUGGCAUCUGAUCAUGAAGAGGCAGCCACAGACCAGCAAGGGGUGCAGGUGGAUGACAUGGAGCUGCCUACAGAGGAUGACAAAGACGUUCCCUGUGAUGAGACAACGGCCUGUUUGGAUGGAACCACAUGUUGUAAAACACAGGAAGGAGGAUGGGCAUGCUGUCCUCUGCCACAGGCAGUUUGCUGCAGUGACUUCGUCCACUGCUGCCCACAUGGUAAGAAGUGCAACCUGGCUGCCCAGACGUGUGACGACCCCUCAGGCCCCUCUGAACCCUGGCUGAAGAAGGUUCCUGCCGUGCCUCUGGAGGGUAAAUUGCCAGGAGAUGUUACCUGUGACCCCACCCAUGUGUGUCCCGACAACACCACCUGCUGCAAGACAGCGUCAGGAGGCUGGGCCUGCUGCCCCUUGCCUGAGGCUGUUUGCUGUGAGGACCAUGAGCACUGCUGUCCCCAUGGCACGACCUGUGACCUGGCUGGCCUCACCUGUGAUGGUCCUUCAGGGUCGGAGCCCAUAGUGGGGAAGGUGCCAGCUCUCACAACCCUGGCAUCUGAUCAUGAAGAGGCAGCCACAGACCAGCAAGGGGUGCAGGUGGAUGACAUGGAGCUGCCUACAGAGGAUGACAAAGACGUUCCCUGUGAUGAGACAACGGCCUGUUUGGAUGGAACCACAUGUUGUAAAACACAGGAAGGAGGAUGGGCAUGCUGUCCUCUGCCACAGGCAGUUUGCUGCAGUGACUUCGUCCACUGCUGCCCACAUGGUAAGAAGUGCAACCUGGCUGCCCAGACGUGUGACGACCCCUCAGGCUCCCCCUCUGAACCCUGGCUGAAGAAGGUUCCUGCCGUGCCUCUGGAGGGUAAAUUGCCAGGAGAUGUUACCUGUGACCCCACCCAUGUGUGUCCCGACAACACCACCUGCUGCAAGACAGCGUCAGGAGGCUGGGCCUGCUGCCCCUUGCCUGAGGCUGUUUGCUGUGAGGACCAUGAGCACUGUUGCCCCCAUGGCAGCACCUGUGACCUGGCUACCCUCACCUGUGAUGGUCCCUCAGGGCCAGAGCCCAUGGUGGUGAAGGUGCCCGCCCUCACAACCCAGGCACCUGAUCAUGAGGAGGCACCCGCAGACCACCAGGGGGUGCAGAUGGACGACAUGGAGCUGCCUACAGAGGAUGAUGACAGUGACGAAGACGAGGAGUUGCACAGGACACAGUGUGACGCCCACACCAGCUGCCCAAAGGCCGCCACCUGCUGCUUUAUGAAGUCCACCCAGAAAUGGGGCUGCUGCCCACUGCCACAGGCAGUGUGCUGUGCUGAUGGAGAGCACUGCUGUCCCAAAGACUACAUAUGUGAUAUGAGCAAGACUUCCUGCUCUAAGGGUGGCGUGGUGAUCCCAUGGUACAACAAGCUGGCAGCUGAGCCAGAUGACAGUGCCCUCACUGCCCCCCUCUCUGUGAAGUGUGACACCCAGAACAGAUGCCCUGAAGGCUCCAGCUGCUGCCAACUUUCCACAGGACAGUGGGGCUGCUGCCCCCUGCGCAAGGCUGUGUGCUGUGCAGAUGAGGAGCACUGCUGUCCACAGGGCUACAGCUGUAACAUGGGCUCAGGGACUUGCCAAAAGCUCAUGUUUCUUCAGUUCCAGACGGUACCCCUAACUCGGGUGUCUGCGCCUGAGCCCCCGACCCCACAGGAGAAGGAAAUCCACUGUGGGGGGCCGUUUGUCUGCAAUAAUGAGGAGACAUGCUGCAAGGUCUCCGCCACUACAUGGGCCUGCUGUCCCGUUCCAAAUGCGGUGUGCUGCAGUGACAUGAAGCACUGCUGCACUACAGGCUACACCUGUGGUGAGGGAGGGUCCUGCACCCAGUCCACUGGCUUCAAAUGGGACCACUGGCAGGUGUUCUUCUCCAACAAGAAGAGAGCCCUGCGUGUGUGACAACAUUGGGCUAGACCCAUCACUCCAACCGUUGGUAGGCCCACACUCCACCACUAGACGCAUUGCACUAAUGAAGGGACGCAGGAGCUUAAUAUCACUGUUACAGUAUAUCAAAUUGUGUUUUUUACAAAGGAAAAAUUGUGUGUGUAUAUAUAGGAAAGGGAAGUGAAAAUAAGUAACAUUUUGCGCCAUUGGUAGGUGCUUGGAAUGUUACUACAUUUACUUCAAGAGAUACCCAUGCUUGCUCAUGAACAGAAACUAUCAAGGAUUUGAAAUCACUCCAAAAAUUAGAUACCAAUGUUGAACAAUCUUUUAGGGUUGUGGCUCAGGGAAGGAUUGGAAUGUGAUAAAACUAGUUGUAAGAUACUAUCAAGAUUGACACAGAGGAGCA